AUGGCCGCGAGAGCAGUGCUGGCCGCCGCCGUUCUGAGCGUCUUCCUAGUCGUCGUGGUGUCCUCUUCUCCGGCGCCGGCGCCGCCCUUCACGGAGCACGGCGGCGACUUGAGCGACAUGAGCAGCGAGGAGCUCAAUGCCGCCGGCUAUGGCGGCUGCGUCUACCCCGAGAACAACGCUACGCCGCCCCAUGACGACAACAACAACAUCAAUGGCGGCGUGCAGGAGGACGCGUGGCUGGAGCCGCCGGCGCAGAAGGACUGGCGCGUGGAGGGCGCCGUGGCGGCCGUCAAGAACCAGAACCCGUGCAGCAGCUGCUGGGCUUUCGCGGCGACGGCUGCCGUGGAGUCCCUGGUGGCCAUCAAGACCGGCAGCCUCGUAGCCCUCUCGGAGCAGCAACUCGUCGACUGCGACACCGCCAAGCCCAACAUCGGCUGCGGCGGCGGUCUCAGGUCGAACGCCUUCAAGUACAUCGCCGCCCAGGGGCUGACAUCCCAAGAACACUACCCGUACGAGGGCAGCCAGGGCACGUGCGAGGUGGACUUCGAGACGCCAGUCUUUGCCCGCAUCAACGGCUACGCCUUCGUGCCGCCCAACGACGGCGACGCCAUGCUUAGGCGGGUGGCGCUGCAGCCAGUGGCGACGAUCAUCCACAUCAGCAAGACGGUCAUGAUGCGGUACCACGGCGGCGUCUUCAAGGGGCCGUGCGGCAGCAACCGCAUGUGGCACGCCAUGACCGUGGUCGGCUACGGCAGCCACCAAGGCGACGGGGACUACUGGGUGGUGAGGAACUCGUGGGGGACGCGCUGGGGCGAGGGUGGGUAUAUGCACAUCAGCCGCGACGGCGGCGGCAAGUCCGGGGUCUGCGGCAUCCUCUACAACGCUAUGUACCCUCUCUGGGGGAAAAGUCUCUAG